AUGGCCGCGAUCAAGGAGGUUAUGGGCGGCAAGGUCGUGGCCUUGACCGCCAAGGAGAUCCCUGUAUGUGGAGGCGGUGGUACCGUUCGCCUCCUCAAGGACGGCUCGAUCCGCUUGCGCUGCCGCGGCAAGGCGUCGCUCAUCAUCAACAAGGUGAAUGACCGCCAGCUCAUGCUCAAGACGGGCGACGCAGCGAUCCUUGGUGUCAAAGACGCGUUCAACGCCAACGGAUCGCUUCAGAAGUACGUCGUGGUCGACACGCCGUCGUCGCUCGAAGCUUGCACCACGGUGGACCUCACGAAGAAGCGGUCGGCGCCGGCCAAGUCCGAGCCGCCGGCCAAAGUCCGACGCACUGUGCUCGAGGACGCCGAAAGCAGCGAGAAUGACGACUACAUCGCGCCGAAGAAGGCUCCGCGCCGCAACAUGGUGGUCGUCGACACGGACGACGAGGAGCCGGCGCCCGAAGACAGUACAACCGAGGAGUCGUCGCCAAAAGCAACCCAAGACGACGAUGGUGUCGAGUCGAUUGACGACGACGACGACGAUGAUGUGUACGUGAUCGAGACCAAAGCCAAGCCAACGGUACCAGCGACAUCGUGGAUGGCCAAGUACGGGCGGUCGACCUUUACGCCUGGUGAGACGAGCGGCGACAGCAAUGGGUGGAUCACGGCGCCGCGGAAACGGAAGGAUGCGACGGACCAGUGGACGGCGAAGAAGCUCGAGUCGUUCAAGAAGCCCGUGGCCAAGACGCGGCAAGCGCGGAAACGAGUCGCGUCGUCGGAAGAAGAAGAAGAAGACGAGAACGAGGACAGCGCGUCUGGCGAAUCGGAUGGUCUCGACGAAUCCGACCACGGUCGGCGACCAUCGACGAAGCAAUCGCAGAAGGACGAGGUCGGCGCCAUCUUGAAGACAUGCGAAGAGCUUGCAGAGACGCUGCGGGCGUCCGUGUCGCAGUGGUCGUCAUCGCCCGACGCUGCCAACGACCAAGAGACCGCGCUCGUGGCCGUCGACGACAACAAGCAGUUUGUCCAGACGUCGGACAUCCCGGGGCUCAGCCCGUCGCUCGUUCUCAAGCCGUACCAGAUCGUCGGUGUCAACUGGAUGUACCUUUUGCACACGCACAAGAUGUCGGCCGUCUUGGCGGACGAGAUGGGUCUCGGGAAGACGGUCCAGACGAUCGCGUUCCUCGCGCUCCUCUGCAGCAAAACCCAAGCGCCCCACUUUGUGAUCGUGCCCGCGUCGACCUUGAGCAACUGGGUCCGCGAGUUUGAAAAGUUUGCGCCCACGCUCCGCGUCCUCACGUACUAUGGCGACAAGGACGACCGUAUGGCGAUGCAAGACGCACGAGCCGAGUUUGACGUGCUCCUCACAACCUACUCGUACUUUGAGCGCGACGCGUGCGCAGACGACCGCGCCUUCUUCCGCAAGUUCUCGUUCGGGUACGUCGUGCUGGACGAAGGCCACUCGAUCAAGAACGCCAACACGUCGCGCUUCAAACGCAUUGCGGCUGUCCGGGCGCGCCACCGCCUCGUGCUGUCGGGGACGCCGAUCCAGAACAACCUGAGCGAGCUGCUCUCGCUCCUGAGCUUCCUCAUGCCCAAGAUCUUCAACCACGGGUCGGAGCAGAUCACGGACUUCUUUGCGGCCGACCAGCAGAGCACGACGUGCGCCAAGAUCCGCCGCAUUCUCGCGCCCUUCAUUCUCCGCCGUAUGAAGAAGUACGUGCUCACGCAGAUGGGACCAAAGGACGAGAAGACGAGCAUGCUCACGCUGCCGGACGACCAGCGGGCGAUCUACGACGCGCUCGUGGCGGCGGCCGUUGCAACGAAGCAAGCUGCCAAGGACAAGAAGGCAGCCAGCAAGACGACGAAGGCACCGACGGGCGUCACCCGUGAGAUGCGCGACCUCCUCAACCUCGACAGCAACAUUUUCGCGGGGCAGUCGGACACGGCGAUCUUUACGCAGCUGCGAAAGGCUGCGAACCACUCGAUCAUGCUGCGGCACCACUUCCGCUGCGACGUCAAGAUGGAGACGCUCGGCCGACACCUCUACAAGCUUGGCGCCUUUGGGGACCAGUGUACGCGCGCCAUGGUCGACAAGGAGAUCGAGUCGUACUCGGACUUUGACCUGCACGAGCUGUGCGUGCAGUACGGCGACAUCAGUUCGGAGCUUCGAGCGCUUCAGCUGCCGAUGGACGUGAUCCUCAAGUCGGUCAAAUUCGACUUUUGAGGUCGCUCUUGCCGACUCUGCAGACGGAUGGGCACCGCGUGCUGAUCUUUUCGCAGUGGACCAAGCUCCUCGACCUUAUGGAGGUGCUCAUGGAGCACUUGGGCUACAAGUUUAUCCGCCUCGACGGCUCGACGACCGUCUCGGAUCGCCAAGCGCUCAUCGAUCAGUUCAACGAAGACACGUCGAUCUUUGUCUUUCUACUCUCGACGCGAGCGGGCGGUCUCGGCAUCAACCUCACGGCGGCAGACACGGUGAUUCUGCACGACUUGGACUUCAACCCGACGAUCGACGCGCAAGCCUGCGACCGCUGCCACCGCAUCGGGCAGACCAAGCCCGUCACGAUCUACAAGCUCGUCGCGAGCGACACGGUCGACCAAGCCAUCUACAACAUCGCCGAGCAAAAGACGCAGCUCAACGACGCCGUCCUCGGCGAGCUCGGCAAGUCCAAAAAGUCCACCAAGGCCGGAACGAACAGCUCGACCGCGGACGUCCAAGCCAUUCUCUCGUCCGUGCUCUCGUCGUACACUGCGAAAUAAGCGCAUAAGAUAAGAGGAUAAAUCUUGGAUACAAGUAUACUAUGACACGAUCGGG